AUGAUCACAGAUAAGCAACUUAAUUGGAUAUUGAAUGCUAAACCUCUAGCACAGCAAGCUGAAGAAGAUCCAGAAAGUUCUUUGCUGCCACAUUUCAAUCAAUUUCCUAGUUAUAGUAGCGAAAUUAUUCAAAAUAUCAUUUCACAUCGUAAUGACCAUCAAUUAUUUCAUAAUUUGCUAGAGCAAUGGCCAAAAUAUAUUGAUACUCUAAUCAAUACCCUACAAAAACAUAUUUCACUCCAUAGUUCUACGCAAUUUCAGAUCGAUUGUAUUAAUGCAUUUGCUUUAAAGACAUUUCUAACAUAUUUUCUUAUUUCAGAGACAGAUACCGAUUCAGACAAAUACGAAAUGAUGGUUUCUGCUUUAAUUGCUUUGACGAUAAUUCAAAAUAACGAAAAAAUGAACACAUUUCUUUGCCAUAUCAUCAAACAACACAUGAAAAUGAAACCUGAAUACAUUGCAUUUGAUAUUGAGCAGAUUUCAACAUUUUUAGUAGAAAUCUCUAUUAUUUCGGAAAAAAUAUACGGAUACAUUGCUGAAUAUGUGAAGCUAGUCGUUCUACAACAAAUCGUUCCAGAAGCGAAAUUGCAAUUUUUCAAUUUAUUAAAUGAAAUUUAUGAACAUCGUCCAAACUUCAACAUUCCUAGCAAAUAUGCAACCGAAAUCGUCUGUUUACUAAUAAAUUACUUUUACGAACUAGAACCAGCAUCAUUAAAGUUAUUUGAAAAUUUAUCACAAGAAUUAGGUCACCAAUAUGGCGAUGAGGUUUUCAGAUCGAUUACUACGAGUUUAUUUAACAAAAUAAACCAAACGAAAUUUACAGUUGACUUUAUAAAAGACAAUUUCAUUCAAAUUGAAACAAUUAAAACAACAGACAUCAAACAAUGGGACAAGAAAGACAAAGUAUUCAAAAGAUACUCAUACGAAGCAUUACCGAUACCUCAAGAUUCUUCAAUUUUGAUUCCAAAAGAAUUUCAAAAUGGAAUUAAGAUUUAUGUCUCUAUUUUUGCGAAUAAUGCAUCAUUCUUUGAUAUAUUUAUGAAAAGAGUGACACAACAGACUAAUUUACGUUUAGAAAAAGAUUAUAAAAUUAUCGGUUUAGUAAUGUUCAUCAUUUCUGUUGCCAAUUCAUUGCCAGAGCCAUUCAGAGUCCAAGUCAAAAAGAUUUUCCCCAGAAAAACUUUGUUCGACCCUGCAUUUCAAGUGUUGAAACACAAAAACGACUGGUUGAACACUGCAAGAGACGAAUACAUACAGCACAUGAUACUACAUCACCUAGAGUUCUAUAAAUUGCUAGGAAAACUCAUGCAUUUCCCUGAAAUUUUCAAUGAAACUGUAUCUAGAUUUACAAUUCACAGGGAAAUGGUCCAGAAUGACGAGAAAAUGAUUAAUAUACUUAGAAAAGCUUUGAUAUGUUUCUAUAAUCUCGAUACUCUUGAUAAUUUCAACAAUUUAAUUUACAAUAUUAUGAUGAUUUGCAAUAAAAACGAGAUCGCAUCGUAUUUCUAUAACAACAAGAGGUUUAUGACCACAUUGCUUGAGUUAUUAGUAGGGUUUGGCGUUAACGAUUUCAUUUUAGAAACAUUUAAAUUAUAUUUGAAGGAUAAAGGUCGAAUUGACGAUGAUGAACUGUUCGAAACCAUAUCAGAGAUAUUCGAAGCCAAUAUAAAAGACUAUGAAAAUGAAGAUACAAUAGAUUUCGCAACAUUAUUAAUCAAAUUAGCGAUAACUUAUAUGAGAUUCUAUCCACAGAAGGAGAGUUUCGUAUUUAUGUUGUAUAAACAGUUCACAACGCUCUUCAAUUACCUCAAAAACAAUGAAUUUUGCAAAAAAUAUUUUUUGGAAAUUUUAACUUACAUAAGAAGUACAGAAAGUAUAGCUCAAAUAUCUCCACAAUCAUCAGAAAUGCUGAUAAAUACUUCAAACAGGAUUUUUAUUGAAGAUAAAUCGAGAUUAUUCGUUGCAUUUGCGAGUUUAAUGGCCCAAAAGGAAGUUUUAGCAGUAGACCAACCAAUAGUGACCAAAUGCAACUCAGCGGUAAGGAUUUUGUUCGAAGUUAUGAAGGAUGAUUCUUUAGAUUUUAUUUUGAUGCUUGUAAAUCAUAGUCAGAGGAACAGACUUGCUUGCAGGACCGCAGAAUUGGAUAUAGCUAUCUUAGAAUCAAUAAAAAAGAAGUCUAUCGAUGUGAAAAAAGGAGUUGAAAUUUUAAUGAAAAUUUCUAGCGAAAAGUCAUCAGCUAGUGUAGUUUAUUCGUUCUUAUCUUUAUUGGUAACUCCAGAUAUCGAUGUUUUCAUGCAAAAUGCCAACAUUUUGUUUACAUUAUUGCAAGAUGACAAAAGAACUCCAUUAACAUACAUCCCAGUAGACGGGCAACACUCCAUUACCCACACUGUUGACAAUAUCCAGGCCGGAUUCACUUUUAUUACUUGGAUAUUUUUAGAUGAUUCAGCGGAAACGUCAUUUCCAAGCAUAUUAAAGGCACGAGAUAUGAAUGGCCAUCUAUUUGACCUGUUUUUCAGCGGCAAACUUCCAUUUAUUUCAUGGGGAACCAACUUAAAAGCAGGAAUCGAAGCUGCAAGGCAGAAAUUUCAAUCGCAGGCAUGGUAUUUCUACGCGUUGACAUAUUACAUAGACGCGGAGUCCAUUUUCGUUACAAUAAACAUCAACGGACAAUCAAUGCCGGCGAUUAUGAUUUCUACCGAAAAUUCGGUCAAAGGAAAAGUCACUUUUUCUUUUGCAAAAACCCGAAAUGUCCAUAGUUGUCCAGCGUCAUUAGGUCCUAUUCUUUUGUUCGAACCAUUAAACGAACCAGACAUUCAACAGAUCUUUGGAACAGGCAUGGAAAACGCUUCGAAUUACAAAAACAGACUUUUGUAUUCAUUUACAAAGUCAAACAAGAACAUAACUAAACCGAGUAGUUUCGUUUCCGUUCUUUCCAAGAAUGUUGACACCUGUGUUUUCCUUCCAAUGUUCAUUGCUUGCGACAAAACAAACGACAUCAAAUGUUUCACGAUUUCUUUACAAUGUUUGUAUGAAAUUGUUUUGUCGUCAAGCCAAGCACAGAAACAUUUCGCAAAUAUAAGAGGUUUCGAGAUGUUUUCUAUCAUACUCCAGAACAUGACAAACAAGAAUUGGAUAAAUUCUGUAGUUUACAUGCAAACUUAUAACGUGCUUCAAAAUUUGACAAAUGAAAAAUUGAAACAACAAAUGAUUGUUUCAUUUUUGUUGAAUAUUGAUGUCUGGCUACUUUGUAAUGAUGAGAAUGACCUUUUGUCGGUCUUGAAACAUUGGCAAAAAUAUUUGAUACCUCCUUAUUUAUUAUUUUAUCCGACCAUUUUCCAAUUCAAAUUAUUUUUAUAUUCUUUGACGAAAACCGUUGAAAAAUUCAAAGAAAAAGAUUUAUCUAGUCAUGUACAGAUAUUCACAGACAUUUGUACAAAUCUUAAAUUUGAUUUGGACUGUUUGAAAGGAGUUGUGUCACUUUUGACUUCACCUGAAUUUAAAAAAUACCAAACACAGCUUAUUUUGAUGACAUUUAACGGUAUCAAGAAAAUAGACAAAGAAUUCUUCCAAAAAGAUGAAUUUUUGUCAAUUUUAAGAACUUUGUUUUCAUUGAAAAGUUCGAUCAUUUCGGAAUACUCCAUUUUCACAUUGUUUUCAGAAGAUUUCCAGUUAAACGAUGACCAGUUCUUGAAUCUUUUAGUAGAUGUCGUUGAAAGAGAUGUUACUGAAAAAGAAUUUUUGGAAAUUUUGGAUUCAUCAAAUUCAUAUUGGGCUGUUUUUUAUUUGUUGUUUAGAUCCAAAAAAUCUUUUCAAUUUUUAUCACUUUUACUUAAUAAGAAGAACAUCAAAGAAGAAGUUUCUGAUCUGAAGAAACUAGUUUGGAUUUGUUUAUCUGUUUUCUCGGAAAAUUUCGAAACUUCCGACCAAAUGUUGAAAAUUUUGUCAACAACAGAUGAUAAUAACUGGAUUUUCAUUUUUGAAAUGAUUGGUGUUGUUGGAUCCGCAAUAGGUAUCAAUCCUGAAUACUUCAGAUCAAGGUUUAUCCAAUGUUUACUUGAAGAAGAAUUAGAAAACGGUUUUAAAAAUAUUUUAUCGUUCAGAAAAUUGUCAAAAAAACACUUUUUCUGUAAAACGAACUGGGACAUCAAAUCACGGCCGGAAAACGUCAGAGAAUUUGUUGCAAAUCUGAUUUCGAUAAAAGAUCUGACAUUUUUCAAAAAUAGUCAGAUUUCUUCUGAUGACAAUUUAGCUGAAGAAAUCAAAAAAGUUGAUGUUUAUUUCAUGGACGAAUCAACCAAAGCAAUUUCGAAACCAGAAGAAUUAUUUAAGGUUUUGGAAGUCACUUCACAAACUAACCUUAAAUUUACUCAUAUCCAAAAGUUCCAAAAUCUAUCGUUAAGUGAAGUGAUCAAGAAUUCUAAGACUGUUAUUUAUGAAAACGAAUUCAACCAGAAAAUGAAAAGUGUUACUUUUAUAGGUGCUCCUUUUGAAAAUUUCAAAGAAUUUUACAAAAUUUCUGAAAUAGAGAAAUUGACUUCACAUGGCACGAUGAUAGGAAAACCGUCAGAUUUUAUCGGUGAUGUUUUUGUUCUUGACGAGAAAAACAAAAAGAUAUCUGUGAAAUUGUAUAUGAAUGAUUCUUUUAUUUCUAUAACAAAUGAUGAAAAUUAUUUCAAAAAUUUCGUCAUUAAAUUAAUAACUGUUUUCAAAGUCUUCAAUGACUUCGUGACAAUAAGUUUCAAAAAUGGUGCUUUUCUAAAAUUAAUCGUUGAUCGUCAGACGAUAGAAAAAGUGACACAAAGAAUACCUAAUUUAAGUGAAAAAACAUGUGAAAAAUUCAUAGACAAAAUCAUGUCGAAAUGGACAUCGAAUUAUUUGACAAAUUGUGAAUUAUUAUGGAAUUUGAGAGUAACACAAGGUAUCGUUGAAAAACCGUUUGUAAACAAGAAAGGAAAUCUGACAUUUUCCACGAAAAACAAAGAUUUACUUUCUUUGACUGAAAUGCUCCAAAUAACAAACAAAUUCAAAGAUAUUAAUGAAUUCAUUUCAAUUGUAAAUUCAUCUCAAAUCUUUGAAUAUAAAAUUUUGUCAAAACCGUUAGCGGUUAAACCAAUAAACCAUUUUGAAGGAAGGAUAAAAAUUGAUCCAUCAAAAAGUGUGUCAAUUUACGGAUAUAAGACAAUAAACAUUGUCACAGGAAACAGAGUUUAUAUGAUUGAUUUUGAAAAUUCAUUGAUUGAAAGAUCGAAUUCUUUUCCGAAAAGGAAAUGGGAUUAUUCGAUUUCCGGGUCACAAGUUGACUUUUUAUAUGAUGGAAAACUUGUCAGUCGAAUUCCUUAUUAUUGUGCAAGUAUUUGUAGUAGUUUAUGCACAAACAUUGAUGGUUGUUUUGUUUUGAUUGGAUCUAAGAAUUAUGUCCAAAUUCUUUCAUCAAGUGGAGUAAUAAUGAAUUCCAUUUCUAUGCAGGGAAUUCCGGAUAUGAUUACUAUGACUCCACAUUUGAAUUUCGUCAUUGUUUUGUCGAAAGAUAAUGAUGGUUCUUCAUCAUCUUUCAGAAUUUCUUCAUUUACUAUUGAAGGAAGUUUGAUUAAUUCUCUUUUCAUUAAUUCAAUUGUGACUUCGUUGUACAGUUUCACUGAUUGGAAUGGAAGAGAAACUGCUGCUGUCGUAACUGAUGGAAAUGAAAUUAUUUUGAUUGAUGCUUUAUCUAUGGAGAAAAGAACCAUUUAUAUUUCAAAACAUAGAAUUGUUUCUUUUUAUUACGUUAAGAAAUACGAUUGCGCUGUAAUUGUCCUCGCAACAGGAAAAGUUGUUGUAAUUAAGCUUUAA